AAGGAGGCCGGCUGCCGCCGCGGCCGCGUGCUCAACCUGUGCCCGCCCAGGGACCCGGAGCCUCCAACUAACUCCGCCCGCCGCCGCGGGCUCCCGUUUCCGCCUCGGGGAGAGCCUGCGGCCGCGCAGGUUCCGAAUGAUGACUGACGCGGGUCUGAGCGAUAGCCCUCACAGCCCCUGGCGUUGCGAGCGAUAAGGACCCUGCUCGUCCAGCCCCGUGGCUGCACCGGCUCCGGGCGCUCUGGAGGGCGGGCGGCUCCUGCGGGCGGGCGGAGCGGACUCCAGCGCCGCUUCCCACGCGUCCGGAGCGGACAGAGCGGACUGGGCUGGCCGCGCAUCGUCCUCGCCCGGGGCCAUGAAGUAGCUGCGGCCGCCAGCCCUGCCCUCCCGCCGGCCCGGCCACUGCCCGCUGCCCAGGUCCUGCGCGGACAUGGCAGGACGCGCCCGCGGCCGCCUGCUGCUGCUGCUGCUGCUGGGGCUGCUCGCCCUGCAGAGCAGCUGCCUGGCCUUCAGAAGCCCACUUUCUGUCUUUAAGAGGUUUAAAGAAACUACCAGAUCAUUUUCCAAUGAAUGUCUUGGUGCCACCAGACCAGUCACUCCUAUUGAUUCAUCAGAUUUUGCACUGGAUAUUCGAAUGCCCGGGGUCACACCUAAAGAGUCUGACACAUACUUCUGCAUGUCCAUGCGUCUGCCUGUGGAUGAGGAAGCCUUCGUGAUUGACUUCAAGCCUCGGGCCAGCAUGGAUACUGUCCACCAUAUGCUGCUGUUUGGAUGCAAUAUGCCCUCGUCCACUGGAAGUUACUGGUUUUGUGAUGAAGGAACUUGUGCAGACAAAGCCAAUAUUCUAUAUGCCUGGGCAAGAAAUGCUCCUCCCACCCGGCUCCCUAAAGGUGUUGGAUUCAGAGUUGGUGGAGAAACUGGAAGCAAAUACUUCGUCCUUCAGGUUCACUAUGGGGAUAUUAGUGCUUUCCGAGAUAAUCACAAAGACUGCUCUGGUGUGUCCUUACAUCUCACACGUGUGCCACAGCCUUUGAUUGCGGGCAUGUACCUUAUGAUGUCUGUCGACACUGUUAUACCACCAGGAGAGAGAGUAGUGAAUUCUGACAUUUCGUGCCAUUACAAAAUGUAUCCGAUGCAUGUGUUUGCCUACCGAGUCCAUACUCACCAUUUAGGUAAGGUAGUGAGCGGAUACAGAGUAAGAAACGGACAGUGGACGUUGAUUGGACGCCAGAGCCCCCAGCUGCCACAGGCUUUCUACCCUGUGGAACACCCAGUAGAUGUUACCUUUGGUGAUAUACUGGCAGCCAGAUGUGUGUUCACUGGUGAAGGGAGGACAGAAGCCACCCACAUUGGUGGCACAUCCAGUGACGAAAUGUGCAACCUGUACAUUAUGUAUUACAUGGAAGCCAAGCAUGCAGUGUCCUUCAUGACCUGUACACAGAACGUGUCUCCAGAUAUGUUCAGAACCAUCCCAGCAGAGGCCAACAUUCCCAUUCCUGUAAAAUCUGACAUGCUUAUGAUGCAUGGACAUCACAAAGAAAUUGAAAAUAAGGAAAAGAGUGUGUUAAUACCGCAGCCAAAACGGGGAGAGGAAGAGGGAUUCGAGCAGGGUGAUUUCUAUUCACUGCUUUCCAAGCUGCUAGGAGAGAGGGAAGAUGUUGUUCAUGUGCACAAAUAUAAUCCUACAGAAAAGACAGAAUCUGGGUCAGACCUGGUAGCUGAGAUUGCAAAUGUAGUCCAGAAAAAGGACCUUGGUCGGUCUGACGGCAGAGAGGGAGCCGGGCAUGAGGAAGGGGGUAACGCUAUCCUAGUCAGAGACAGGAUCCACAAAUUCCACAGGCUAGAGUCAACUUUGAGGCCAGCUGAGAGCAGAGCUUUCUCGUUCCAGCAGCCUUGGGAAGGUCCUUGGGAACCGGAACCCUCAGGAGAUUUCCAUGUGGAAGAAGCACUGGACUGGCCUGGAGUGUACUUGUUACCAGGCCAGGUUUCUGGGGUGGCCCUGGAUUCUAAGAAUAACCUAGUGAUUUUCCACAGAGGUGACCAUGUUUGGGAUGGAAACUCAUUUGACAGCAAGUUCAUUUACCAACAAAGAGGUCUUGGACCAAUUGAAGAAGACACUAUCCUGGUCAUUGACCCAAAGAAUGCUGAAAUACUCCAGUCCAGCGGCAAGAGUCUGUUUUAUUUACCACAUGGUUUGAGCAUAGAUAUGGAUGGAAAUUACUGGGUCACGGACGUGGCUCUCCAUCAGGUGUUCAAAUUGGACCCGCAUAGCAAAGAAGGCCCUCUCUUAGUUCUGGGAAGGAGUAUGGAACCUGGCAGCGACCAAAAUCAUUUCUGCCAGCCCACUGAUGUGGCAGUGGAGCCCAGUACUGGAGCUGUCUUCGUGUCGGAUGGUUACUGCAACAGUCGGAUCGUGCAGUUCUCACCGAGUGGAAAGUUCAUCACUCAGUGGGGAGAAGAGACUUCUGGGAGCAGUCCUAAGCCAGGCCAGUUCAGUGUUCCUCACAGUUUGGCCCUUGUGCCUCAUCUGGACCAGUUGUGUGUGGCAGACAGGGAAAAUGGCCGGAUCCAAUGUUUCAAAACUGACACCAAAGAAUUUGUGAGAGAGAUUAAGCAUGCGUCAUUUGGAAGGAAUGUCUUUGCGAUCUCAUACAUACCAGGUUUUCUCUUUGCGGUAAAUGGGAAGCCUUACUUUGGAGACCAAGAACCCGUGCAAGGAUUUGUGAUGAACUUUACCAGUGGAGAAAUUAUAGAUGUCUUCAAGCCAGUUCGCAAGCACUUUGACAUGCCUCAUGAUAUUGUGGCGUCGGAAGAUGGGACUGUGUACAUUGGAGACGCACACACAAACACCGUGUGGAAGUUCACCCUGACUGAAAAAAUGGAGCAUCGAUCAGUGAAAAAGGCUGGCAUUGAGGCCCAGGAAGUCAAAGAAUCCGAGGCAGUUGUUGAACCCAAAGUGGAGAACAAACCCACCUCCUCAGAAUUUCAGAAGAUGCAAGAGAAAGAGAAACUGAUCAAAGAGUCAGGCUCGGGAGUGCCUGUGGUUCUCAUUACAACCCUUCUGGUUAUUCCUGUGGUUGUCCUGCUGGCCAUUGCCAUGUUUAUUCGGUGGAAAAAAUCAAGGGCCUUUGGAGAUCAUGACCGCAAGCUCGAGGCAAGCUCUGGAAGAGUGCUGGGAAGAUUCCGAGGAAAGGGAAGCGGCGGCCUAAAUCUAGGAAAUUUCUUCGCAAGCCGGAAAGGCUACAGCAGAAAAGGGUUUGACCGCGUGAGCACAGAGGGGAGCGACCAAGAGAAAGAUGAAGAUGAUGGAAGUGAGUCCGAAGAGGAGUACUCGGCCCCGCUGCCCAAGCCUGCACCUUCCUCCUGAACGCCUGCCUUCUUCCUUCCUUCCUUCCGUGUAGCUGUCGAGUGAGGUUCACCAAGACGCCCAGAUUCCUUUCCCCUUAGCGCGUGUAAAGUUCUGUGCGUUUGAUUGUAAACUGUACUCGUCUGUGUGGAACUGUACACACCUUAGUUACUUCAUUUGGCUCCGUUGGCUUCUGUUUCUAGGUGAGGAGUUUCCUACCAGUUCACUCCAGUGCCAUCGUCUUUAUAUGAAUGCAGUGUAGAGAAGCUGCCCUCCUCUUCCAAGGUAGCGGUAGUGCGCUCCAAGCCCAGAAGGGAGUUUAGCUCAUUUACAUUUGGAGACUUUUUUUUAUUUUGGUGGAUGUAAAUAGCCCUAUUCUCCGCUUGAACACAGUAUUCUCCCAGUCCACACCCAUUGCCAGUGUCUUUCUUUGGUGCCUUUCCUGUUCAGCAUUCUCAGCCUGUGGCAGUAAAGAGAAACUUUGCUACACGACGAAAAGCUGCUAAAUCUCCUUCUAUUUUUUUAAAAUCACUAACAUUAUAUUGCAAUGAGAGAAAUUUUAAAAAGUCUCUAUUUAAAUUCUUUUUUUAAAUUUCUCCUCAGUUGGUGUGUUUCCGGGAUGUCUUAUUUUUAGAUGGUUACACUGUUAGAACACUAUUUUUCAGAAUCUGAAUGUAAUUUGUGUAAUAAAGUGUUUUCAGAGCAUUA